AUGGCAUGGCUCUAUUCGGCUGUUUUCAAGUUACUGUCCGAUGACAACAGGGACACAAGCUGCGCCAAAGUCCAACAAACUAUUACUGAAAGAAGUGAUAAGAAUGCAGGCAGCCAGCAACAAGCUUUCGCCACAGCUGAUCCCAGUGCACCUGUUAAUGCUGUACCGGACUCAGAGCAACCAGUCGCCGAAUCGGGGGAAUUCUAUUCGAGAAAACAGUGUUAUCCCCGUGAUUUUGAGGGAGAAUAUGAUUCUGCAGCGAAUCAUGUAAUAGCCCCACCAGCAGCGCCAGUAGCACCUUCAGUGCUGCCAGCAUUUACAUCUAUUUCAUCAACGACAUUCACAAAAGCUUCCGAAACACCAAAUAUCGAAAAAGUAGCACCAAAAGGCGGCGUUGCUGUUCUACCACCUGACAUUCUGGCCGAGGCGCAUGUUCGAGUAAAAGAGCGCGAGAAGAAACUGAACGAGUCAAGAACAAAUGAAAUAUUGGAGGCAUGUUUGUUGAGGCCAAUCCAUUUUGCGUAUUUUGAGACAACUUUUGUCUAA